UGGUCCUAUGGGGUGACAAUGUGGGAGGUGUUCAGUGGAGGGAAAGCCCCAUAUCCUGGCACUGAUCCCCACACUCUUAUUCAAAGUCUAGAGGAGGGCUAUCGGAUGCAUCAGCCUUAUAAUGAUGCCUGUAACGAGGAAAUCUAUGGCAUAAUGAAGCAGUGCUGGCAGAUGAUGCCAGAAGAGAGACCAACAUUCACAGAGCUUUAUUUCACGGUUUCAAAUAUCAUUGAACGCAUGGCGGGCUACCUGCAGGUGGGUUAUAACCCCUUCUUAGGAAGAGGAGAUGAAGAGAAGGCAGAGGAAAUGGAGGAGGAGGAGGAGGAGGAGGAGAAGGAGGAAAAGGAAAACAAC